UAUUACAACAAGAGGAAGACAUACUUCGCCCACGAUGCUCUGCGACAGUGCACAGAGGGAGACAUCGUCCUCCUCAAAGCUCUGCCUGAGCCCAGAUCCAAACACGUAAAGCAUGAACUGGCUGAAAUCGUGUAUAAAGUGGGUCGGGUGGUGGAUCCACUGACGGGGAAGAGGGUCGAAGGAACUGUGUAUAUGGAACCUCUGUCUGAUCUCCCACUUGAAGAGGAGACGUCGUUGUUAGAAAAACUGCAGGAGCUCAACAUCACAGCUGCCUCUACUGAAGCCGAAUCCUCACCAGAACAAACUCCCUCUUCAUGAUAAACAACCUGCCACGAUUUGCUUUAAAGCUGUUGUGUAAUGUUUUUGUUUCAAUCAUUAAAAAUCUGUUUAUAAGCCAGUUUUUGCGUAGGAAAGCCUGCAUGUAAUUUACUCUGGUUAUUCUGAGUAGUUUCCAAUAAAAUAAUGAYAACAAAUUCAAACAUGAUGCCAUUUUAUUACAAAACAGAACAAGAAUUGUACAAAGCCAUAUUUAAAUUUAACAAAUAAACAUUGUUAUUAAUGUCUUUAAUUUGACAUGGCUAUAUGUGCAGUUUCAUUUACUAUUAAACCAAAUACAAGUC